CAGUCUUUCAUCCACCCUCCUCGCGGCCGCACGUGUUUUCCCUCCUUUCCUCCAGUCACGGGAGAGAAAUUAGAGAAAGUGAGAGAGAUAGAGAGAGAGAGAGAUAAUGGGUGACGCAGCUAUCUGUGGUCGUGGUGGCAACUUGAAAGAGCGGAUGGCGAAAUUGGACGAAAAAGCGACCGCUGGCAACUCAACCCCGGAGGAAACUACACAGCCCUUCGCCCUCCGUCACAGCAGCCUGGCGGAGAAGAAAAAGCAGUUUGCCGAGAGCGCCGCGAAACACCAAAACAAGAUGUCUCAGAACCCCUUCAGCGGCCAGUUCCGUGCGGGGGAGCGGCCGAAGCUGUCCAAGGAUGACCCCAACUACGGCCGCCCCGUCGCCGGCAGUAAGAGUGAGAGGCGAGGUCGCGGGGCCGCCAGACAUGUGAACGCUGAGGUUGUGUUUCUGUGCGACAUGAUUCACCAAGAAGGUUACCAGCUGCCGGAUGGAACAGCCGCCAUUACCUUUGGAGAGCUGUUUCAGCUCUACACCCGGAUCUCCAAUAAGGUCGUGGGCAUGCUUCUAAGGGCACGGAAGUAUGACCUUUUGACCUUCGAGGGGGAGACUUUGUUCCAGGGGCGGAAUAACGACACUGUGAUCAAGUUGCUUAAGCCGAUCGCUGAGAUUCGCGCCGAACUGAAUGAGGAUAAGGAGUUUGAUGUCGGGGUGUGUCACAAGGCUAAGAAAUGAUCACACACACACACACACACACACACACACACACACAUAAACAUA